UUCCUCUCAUUCCGGGCGCAGCGAACAAUCGCCUCUCAGUUAUUUAUCCGCGCGGCUCGCAGCUUCACGCGCUCAGUUAGCUGCUGCCCAGCCAGCGCGCGCACACGUGUCCACGAGCUCUGGGAAACUAUAGUUGGUGUCUUUAAAGCCAGGCGCAGAAUAUUGAAAGGACAGACUUUAAUCAGACUUCGCAGGGGACUGAGACGCGAUCUCUGAUUGUUGAGGUGCUAACACUUCCACAUCAAGCUUGGUUGUUGCUUAAGUUUUGGACUGAAUCCUAUUGACUGAAAUGAGGACAGCCGAGGACUCCUCUGGAACUGUCUUGCAUCGCCUCAUCCAGGAGCAGCUCCGUUAUGGAAACCUGACAGACACUACCACUCUUCUGGCCAUCCAGCAGCAGGCCCUGCGUGGAGGAAGUAGCGGCGGAGGCACAGGCAGUCCACGCUCCUCUUUGGAGAGCCUCACACAGGAGGAAACCCAGUAUAUGCAGAUGUCGACGCGGCAGGAGCCUCAAGGACAGGAGCACCAGGGGGACUGCCUGCCCUCUGAGAGCCCAAUGUGUCGUCUAUAUCAGCUCCACAGGGAACAGCUGCCAACCUAUGAGGAGGCUAAAGCGCACUCGCAAUACCUUAUCUCUCAAAGGGGAAGAUUGAAACAGGACGGCCCCAGCAUGGACAUAGUGGGAAUUCAAAGGGAGGGACAGUGGGACCUGAAGCGGGAACAUGCUCGCUCUCUGAGCGAGAGGCUCAUGCAGCUCUCUCUGGAGAGAAACGGACACAGAGACACUUUGCCUCUGACCUCUUCACACAGCUAUCCACAGCUUUAUAAAAAUAUUGUUUUAAACACUGCGGUGGCUGACAGACAGGAGAUCCAACAAUGUGCAGACCAGCGGGGACCUCCUCCAGACUAUCCUCUAUGUGCCACAGUUCCUGAAUACAUGCUCAGCUACUCACAGGAGCACGUACAGUACCACAAAGACCCUCCUCCCCCAUUCUACUCACACCACAUCAGGUAUGUGUCUGCUCAGGCCCAAGUGGCCCACAACAGCGUCAGCACAUCCCCCAACAGCAAUGACGUGUUGAUGAAGGAGAACGAGCAGCUGAGGAAGGAGCUGCAGGUGUACAUUCAGAAGGCUGCCAGACUGCAGAAGUUGGAGCUUGAGAUUCAACAGAUAUCCGAGGCUUAUGAGACCCUGAUGAGAGGCUCUUCUAAGCGGGAAGCCUUGGAGAAAACUCUAAGGAAUAAACUGGAGGCAGAGAUUAAGAGGAUGCAUGAUUUUAACAGAGACCUCAGAGAGCAACUUGAAACAGCUAACAAACACAGAGCUGCCGGUGACGCAGAGUGCAUAGACCCAAGGCAGCAUGUCUUCGUAAAACUCUUGGAGCAAAACGAAGAGCAGCAGCGGGAGCGCGAACAGCUGGAAAGGCAGAUUCAACAUCUGCGCAUGUCUGGCGAAGAAUGCCAGCACAGAAGUGAACUGCUGGAGCAGGCCAUGGCCUCGGCACAAAGCCACAACCGGCAGCUGGAGGAAGAGCUGCACCGGAAGACAGCCUACAUGAAGAAAGUGGAGCGGCUGCAGAGCGCCCUCGCUCAGCUACAGGCAGCGUGCGAGAAGAGGGAGGUGCUGGAGCUGCGGCUGCGCACUCGGCUGGAGCAGGAGCUGAAGAGCCUCAGGGCACAGCAGAACCAGACAACCAACCUCACAGCAUCAGAGCUGAGCUCGUCCAAGUUGCAGCUGGAGCUGAGGGAAAAAGAGGAGCGUAUCCUGGCUUUGGAGGCGGACAUCACCAAAUGGGAGCAGAAGUACCUGGAGGAGAGCACCAUGAGGCAGUUUGUCAUGGAUGCAGCAGCAACAGCUGCAGCACAGAGGGAUACAACAAUCAUCAAUCAUUCACCCAAGAAUUCACCUAACAGCAGCUUCAAUGAAGACCUGCCUUGGUCAAGUCACAGACACCAGGAGAUGGAGAACAGGAUCCGUGAACUUCAUGCUCAGCUGCUGGAAAAGGAUGGUGUGAUCAACGUCCUCCAGCAGCGCUCCAGAUGGGAGCAAGGCCAGCUGGAGAACCAGGGGCUUCGUCCGGCCAGAUCCGUCCCCACAAUCAACACCGUGACGUGUAGCACAUUGAGUAAAGGAAAGAGCCUCUCAGAUGACCAGACAGGUGCUGCUGUGUUGAAAACCCCGUCCUUUGUCACGGCCAAGGCCCCGACCCAAGACUCCAGCACCCAGAGCGAUGAGACCAUGCAGGAGCUGGAGGUCAUUGCAGAGCAGGACAAGUUACAGGCGACUGCAGGGAUUUCGACGGGCAUCUUGGAGGAGCCGAAGGCAGUGCUCAAGAUGUUCAAGUGCUCAGAUGCAGAGGCUAUUGAAAUCCUCAUAUGAGCCAUGACUGCGGCUUAUAAGACAGAUAGGUGACGGCAACAUUAUCCAGCGGAGUUUUAGAUAAAGUUUUCAGUCGAUGUGAUCUGUGAACAGCUUGCAGAGUCCAGAGCGUGGAACUGGGAUUUUGAGGAUAGCAGAGCUUUCCUUUAGCUGUUUCUGCACAUUUCACAAAUGAAUGGGGGGAUACUACAAGGUACCUGGACAGUAUUUUGCAAUGUAAAAGGAACUGGGCUGCUGAUACUGCAUGUUGUUUGUCAUUAGUUGUGAAUUGUAUUUAUAUUUGUAAAUGCUGCGUCUUUUGUCAUGUGACUGUUUCAGAGGUGUUCCAUCUUUUCAUGUUAACAUCAGUUUUGGUCUAGAUUCUUUUUUAUUAUUAUUUUAUAUUCUGUUUGGCUUUCUUGAAUCUUGAAUUUACUGUGGCAUCACAAUAACCACACUCUACCAGUAAUAUCUAUUUAUAUAGAUGCUCAGAAAAAGAAUGGCCUUCAUUUGAAAACUGUGUUUGACGAACAGCUCCACCUACAAUUAGCAGUUGCCCCUCUCUUUUAAAUGCAUUUGGGACCCCUGCUCGCAGCUCAGUGGAGGAUUCAGAAACUUCACUUGAAUGCAGAGCUUGCAAAAUGCCCGCUCAUUUCUCUCCUAAAAAAGCUUGCGAGGAUUGACAGCGUUUCACUGGCGUCCAAUUUUCCAAAUCCCGAGUUCAUGUUUGUGGCCUCAGAUGGCGGCUGCCCAGCAUUUCGCUCCCCUCCGAUGACACACUGGAGCUAAUCUUCUCACAUUCCUUGCUGAGGGAAUGCUCCAGUUUAAGAAAAAGGCUAUCUAAAGUGUGACCCCUCGGCCUUGUUAAAAUGGCACACAUUCUUUUGUAUGCUUGUAUGCAUGCUUUUCUUGGGCCAUUUAUUUCUUCCCCGUGCUGGUAGCUGGUUCUAUCGUGCGUGAGAAGGUUUUCAACUAUAAUUGUCCUGCAUCUGCUAUUCUAUUUGUUGUCUCUAUCACUGUUUUAUAUUCAGCAGUGUUUUUACCUUUAUGUUUAACAAGGAAUUUUCUAUUUAUUUCUCCUGCUUAGUGUAGGAUUACUCAACACUGUUGAAUGCUGACUACUGUUUUCAAGGAUUUUGUGUUGUAUAUAACUGGAAUGUGACAUAAUCCAACUUAAAGUGUUUAUCACAUGAAGCUACUAUUUCAUCUAUUUAUCAUCUAGUUUUAUCUCUGAUGUUUAUUGUGUGAACGGCAUUAAUUAAAAGUAUAUUCUGAAGAGCACAAAUAGCAAACAAAACCUCACAUUUAAUAUAUUUUUCUCUACUAGUUUCAUUUUUCCCAUCAUAGUGCAUUUGCCGGUCAAUGCCAUGUCCCAGUCUGUGUUACACACUGUCCUCUUAUUUUGGAAUGUUGUUUACAUGAAUGGCAAUUUGAAGUGAGAAAAGUUAAUAUAUUUCGCUUGUUUCUUGUCUUCAUAUAUAUAUAUAUAUAUAUAUAUACAUGUAAUUGUUUUGUGUCCUGGUGCCAAAGAUGUACUUUGUGUUUAAUUUAUAACUGAUGAUAAAAAACAAAGGGCCGAGGAAAGUGCCUUGCUUCAGCUGGUUGAAUCGAUUUGAUGUUGCUGUGAACUUUUGGAAAGGAAACAUUUGGAUGUAUGCCUUAACAUUUCACAAUAAUAAAUAAUAAAUAAAAAAUUCUAAUAUA